UUUCAUUACUUCAUAUAAUCAAAAUUAUGAAGCAUUAUAUCCCGGUUGAGGUGCAACACUUAUUAAACAAUUUAAGAACUGAAGUAGUGCAAACCAAAACCCAAAAUGUAAACUUUUUCGAUGGAAAUCAUCAAGUGUUGCUAAUUAGAGCUGAUCAAGCCCUUAUAGGCUUUAAAUACAAUGAUAAGAUUAAUAAAUGGCAUUAUUUGUGGAGCCAGGGGUCGAUUUUCUCUGCUUCGGAUGAAAUCGAAUACUGUCCAUGGAUUAUUACGAACGAUGGAUUCAUCACUCUGAGAAGUGGAACUGGAUUGCAUGUAUACAAACUAGAUGACCAAAUGAAAUUAAACUAUCUAACGUCAGAUGGUCGCUACCAUGACACAUAUGGGUGGAAUCAACCUGACCAUAGUCUAUUGAUUGGUUACUUCUACUCUGAUCCAACCCAAAUUGGAAUCAUGAGUCGUGAUUCUUCAGGAAAUAUCUCUUUUGAAGCUGUAAUCAAAGAUGAAGCUUUGAGGUUGUCUCCGCUUUCUAUUUGGAAGAUGGAUCCUAAUCCACAUUUAGCGGUAUAUUGGAACAACAUGAAUACAAUGAUAACCCUAGCGUAUGUAGAUUCAACAAGCCAACAAGCAUUCAUAGUACGUAAGCGCAACGAACUCGGAAUUUUUAAAAUUGGGAAAUCUCACUUGAUGGAAAAUAUUCUUUCCACUUUGAUACCAUUUUCGCAAACAAAAGAGGACAAUAUUUUUUUCGGACGGACUUCUUCAGAUGUAAAUUUCAUGCACGAUAUAUUCCAUUUCAAUUCAAGCGGAUUGCACGUAUAUAGAUACAUUGCAUCUUUACGAAGCUAUAAACCAACAUUCUUUGCACCAGUGUUAUCCGAUAAACUUGGAUGGAAAAGCGACCAUAUUGGUUCUACUGUUCUGUACGACAUGGAUGGAGAUGGUAUGGAUGAAUUUAUACUAAACGGACCCGCAGGAUUGAAUGCAAUGGCGAUUGUUCCAGAUUCAAAAGAAAUCGUCAAUAUUUUGAGUACUAGAGAAUUGAAUGUUAGCUGUAGGUAUGCUAGAUCGUUCGUUAUGUAUUAUUUAAACAAACAACAAGGAUUCGUAUCAGUCACUAGUAGCGAUAUAAUUUCUUUCCGAUUAGAGCUAUCUCCUGAUAGUGCUUCUGAAGAAACAGAAGACGAUCGAGAAAACGAUGAGUUUGAUAUAGUUCCAAUACCUUUACUGCCAACAGUCAAUCGAUCAGUUGUACCUUUGCAUGAUCAGCUCGAUUUCAAAUCCUUCUUGUAUCCGAGAAAUCCGCUGCUAGGAAUACUAGACUUUACCAUUACUAUAGUGAAUGUCCCAAACGCUUUCGGAAUACCCAUUUCUCAUUCUAUUAAGUUUAGAGAAUAUGGUAUCGCAGAUGUUCUGGGUUCUGGUUGGACUCUUCCUGUCGACUGCAUUUAUGUCGAUCGAAAGGGAAGCAUAUUUCCCACAGAACAUACAUAUUAUCUGGUAAAGGAUGGUGCUAUAUCUCUAUUGAAGCCAAAACAUGAGAGGGAUACAAAGGAUUAUAUUUCGUUCACUUUGGAUGGAUCUACUGAUGUGAAUAUUAAAUUUUACAAAACGGACAAUAAAUGGGAAAUAAAAACUGUAUUAGAACUGUAUUUGUAUGGAUCAAUCAAUAACAUAGAUUGGAUCCAGUGGGAACCAGGGUCCGAUGAAUGGCCGCGCAUGAGUAAUACGACUGUUUCUAUGAAAGCGAAACCACUAAUUUGGUUUCUCUCCUUACGAAAGGACAAGUAUGAAAAUUUUCUAAAAUAUAUAUAUGAACCUACGUACUCCUCAUUGUCUUCGGGGAAAAAAUAUGUGGAGAAAUUAAAUUUGAUAAAAAUUUCUAAUAACAAUGGCGAUUUCGUGCGAUUUAGCUAUGACCAAAUAUAUAAUACAAAAUUAUUAGUAGGAUUUUUCGUGCGCACCAUAAGCUACAAUCAGGAAGUAAAAUUCCAAUAUAGUCUGAUUAGAACUAAACCACGUUUAAUUUCUAUUGAUCAAAUUGGAUUACCGGUGUUACAGUUCAAGUAUGAUGGUUCAAAGGGAGAACUUACUGAAAUUCACUAUCCUAAUGGGCUUGUGUCGAAGUUUUCCUAUGGACAUAUAAAUUUUUCAACCGCUUCUACCGCCAACAAGUUUAAUUUUUUUUCUGAUGCUCAGGUCACCUACGGGGCUGGUUAUACGAUAGUAAGUGGGAAAACUGAGUCGGGUCAAGUACGCAUAAUGGCACGAGACGUCGUUGGAUCAAAGACUAUUGACCUAGCAGCGUUGACAUUUCCUCAUCUUGGUAAAGAAUUUGUUACAAGCUAUGAAAUUUUUACAUUCGAUCACUUUUUUAUCGUUUCUUUAUCUCAUGAGAACCACAAAGAGUUGUGUUUAUUCAAAAAAAAUGUAUACGGUUGGUCUGCGGACGUUUCGUAUAUGAAACUCCCGAAAGAUAGUAUCACUAUGAUCGGGAAGUCAUACGUUUUAAUAAGAAACGGUAAGAAACUGUCAAUUGUACAGUUAAUUGCUGAAAGAUGGGACGUAAUUAAUGUUUCGAAUCAACUUUCAUCCAAUGCAAUAGUCCGAGCAUUUUCGUAUGCUUAUAUUACAUAUGACGAUUUAGAGUUACGUGUGGGCUUUCAGGACGACAUUGGUACCUGGAUAACAAAAAUUUUGCCAUUCGGCACCAAUAUGAUGAAAUUUAGUAUGCAAGUCCUCGAAAGUUUUGGAACGGAUAGUGAUACUAUGAAAAAUCUUCAAAGUCUUUUCAUGGAAGGGAUUCUUAAUACGCACCAUAACGCAAUAGUUAUUAGAACAUUAUCCCUAGCAAAAAACAAGUUUUACUCAAACAUGCAUUUUAAAGUUUUUAACGAGAAAUAUGAAAUAAUCAAUCAGGAAACGGUCUCUGUUUUGAUAGAAGAUUUAGAAACUUACGUUCUCCAUCUUCCUCCCAUUGACAACAACUAUUUUAAUGUUUGUUACCGCUAUGCUAAUGGUAAAUAUGAACUAAUAGUUAAAUCACACACUGGUUCUGUUCAAGAUGAAGUAAAUAAACUUAAAGAAAAUGUGGAAGCGGAAAUUCGUAAACAUCCUCACGCAUCAGAUGCUGAAAAGAAUAAAUAUCGACGUGAGAGUUUCGAAAAUCUUGAUAGCCAACUUCGUGAAAUUUAUAAAAAUGUCACAGCAAGUAUUCGAUUCGCAAUUGAUCCGGCUAAAUUAGAAGUUUUUGUUAAUAGUGAUUAUGUAGUUUCCGCUUCUAGCAAAUUUAGAUUCGAUGGAAUGCGUUGGAGCUAUCAAGAAAUUCCUCAGUCUGAAAUAAACAUAUCCAAUUUCACAUUAGAAUUAGGUGAAUCGUACAAACUAUCAAAAUCUGACAGAAACGCGACAUUUGAACUUUUGAAAGGUGAUAGCUUGAUUUUGAAUUUGGAUACACCAUAUGGCAACGAUCUCCUGUUGAACUAUCCGACAUAUAUUGGAAUUCAAAACUCUAGUGGAGGCGGUGAUAAAAUUUUCACUUUUUCAAAUAACAAAAUUUACCAUUUAGCUAAAGGAGAAAGGAUGAGCAAAAUUAGUAAUAACGUCGCCAUUGUGACGGUGACUAAGAACCAAAAGUCGGUUACAAUUAGGUCUAUUAAAUCUCUUACCGAUUUUCGUGAAAAUGUUGUUGUAAAGCAAACAUUUAUUCAUGAUAAGCAAAAUAUACAACAUACUACAUUCGAAUAUAACUUGACAGAAGCUGAACAAUAUUCCGAUGGUUUUACAUUCACCAAAUCGAAAAUUUUUCCUGCUGGAAAACUAGAGUUCGGGUGGUAUGAAGAAUCUUUCAAUUUAACCACGAUGACCAAUAGCAACAAAACUGUUCAUAACUCUAGGGGACAAGUUGUAAAGGUAAUAAAUACUGAGACAGAAUCCAAAAACGAACCAUUUGAUAACAAUGCUAUAUUGACAGAUCGCUUAGGACGCUAUAGAAUCGCGGAUUUUCGUCCAUACAAAAUUUCACAAGAGGUUGUGUCAUAUUACGGAUUUGAACCAUAUGAAGUGAAUCGUAUUGGAGUAAAUAAAAAAUGGAUCUUCGAUAUGAAGUUGAUACGACAAGAGCAUUCAAAUAACUUUCUGCGGUUGCCUGCUGGAUUUUCGAUUACAAGCCAAUUCCAACCAAAACUGAACGGAUUGUCUUACUUGGCAGCCUGUUGGAUACGCACAAAUCAAAGAAAUUUUAUUGCUCAUAGUUUAACAAUGAAAGUGCUUUCAACGAAUAACACUUUGUUGAAAGAACUCCACGGACAAAUUCAAAAACGCAUUGGUCAAUGGUUCUACGUAGAAGUCGCAUAUCGCAGUGAGACCAAAAAUGAUACAUCUCGUUUUGAUAUAGAACUGAAAAAUGAUAGUAUUCAUCCUAUGGAUGUCGAUCAUAUCUUUUUCACACCGUUAGAUUUUAGUUUUCAAAUCAAUAUAUUGCAUUAUAAAACCGGAAAGACUCGUGCUGUUUUAACUAAUUCGGGGUUGUUGAGUCAAACGAUGUAUGAUUAUUUAGGAAAUAUUGUUGCACGAAUUUCUGAGCAAGGCACGGUUGAUUUCUAUGCAAUGAAAUCGAGAAAUUCAGCGAUGACAAAAAAUGGAGAUUUAUUGUCGCUGGUUGAAAUGCGACCGAUGUUUGGAGAACUGAAAUAUAGUUCUAGAGAUAAAAGUUACAGCGAAAUAUUGAAAUACUCUCCGGAAAUUCUAGGUGUAAGGUUUUUGUACUCCUUUUCAGGAAUUGGCAGUGUUUUACUUUCCUUGGGUGAUUUUUCUGUGAAAAUAUUUCAACACGAAGGUCAAAUCAAGUUAAAAGUUAACAAUUAUCAAUCGACUAUCGUACAUUCAGAAGGGGAAUGCACGUUUAUAUUAACAAAAUCACACUUCGUGGUUUGGAUAGAGGGUCAUUUAAUAUUAGAAAAAGAAUUCGAUUUUUCUUCAAACAUUUGGUCACAUGUAAAUUUCAAAACAGUGGGACAAACAUCUAUAUCUGAGAUUAUUUUUAUGUAUAAUCCAGUGGUAAGGGUAUUUUAUCAAAAUAAGUUAGGUCUUACUAUUCAAGAAAUUGUAUUAACAGAUCACAACACUACCAACUGUCGUCAGAUUGUUUAUGACGAAAUUGAUCGACCUGUUCUUAAAACAAAAUGGACAAAGUUGAAAUUAGAAGGACACACCUUUCUUAAUUACAAUUCACUAUUUGUGUCAAAUUUAAAUACCAUCCUGCAAGACAGAAAAGCUGAAGGUCUUGUAAAUCAGCUUCAUCCUGAUUGUGAAGGUUAUCCGUUUACAUGGAUUUCGUAUCGAGAUGACCCUUUGGAAAUAAAGUCUGCAGUAGGAUUGCCUGGAAAACAACAUUCCGUGGAUGGUCCCCAUAGCACUAAAUAUGGUUCGAACCCAAAUGUCGCGUUUUUGAAAGUUUUGUUCCCUUUAGCGAAAAAUUUCAAACAUGAUUUCGAACUAAGCUCUGAGGACUCUUUAAUAGUUCGUGUAAUAGACAAAUAUGGAAAUAAAGUGGCCGAGCUAGUCAAAGUAAAGAAUCACAAUCACAGAUUGACCACGUUUGAGUAUGAUGAUCAAAAUAGGCUAAUACGUGUGCUCCCACCAAUGUAUCAUCAGAAAAGUAAUAUACUAUCAAAGACAAGUUCAUUUGAAUCCCUUGUAUUGAAUGCCGAUGAAUUGAUCCUCCGGAAAAUGUGGGGUAUUUAUUAUCAAUAUGACACAAAGGGGCGUUUAGUAAAAAAACUAACCCCAGACUCUGGUAGGCAAGAGUUAAUGUACACGGAUGAAGGUUUGCUUAGGUUUAUAAUACAUGGUGAUCGAGAAUUAUCUACUUAUGAUAUAAUUUAUUACAAUUACGGAUUCGACGGAAAAAUUGUCGGAAGGGGUAUACUAGACGUACCAAGGUAUAGACUGAACACAUUUUUAAUGAAUAAUUCCUCUUUGCCGACAUCGGAAAACUAUAUUAUGUAUGAUUUUGGUGAAAAUGAACUUGCGCCUUCGCACAGAAAUCGUGUUCAAAAGUCCCGAAAAGUAUCUAAUGGUACAACAACUACAGAAGUCCUUUUGUUUGAUGAUCAGAAAAAAAUACUAAAUCAAAUUUUUGUUUCAUCAGUCAAAUCCUUGUCUAUUUACUAUAAAUAUAGAAAUGACAAAGUAAUCGAAAUUAUAUACCCGUUUAUAACAAACGGAAAAUUACUUAAAUUAUCGUAUGACUAUAAUGUGGCUGGCAAAAUUAAAAAUAUUCGUUUACAUAAUCGUACGAUCGCUUCGUUGAAAUACACUGCUUCCGGUGUUCCAAUGGAAUUACAUUUUGAACCAAAUAGUCGUCACACGUACAAGCGCUUAUUUAAUUACAAUGAACCAGGUUAUGUGUCGACUAUUCAGGAUCCAUUUUUAACUGAAACUGUAGAUUAUAUCUCCAAUAGCUAUGGUGCACAAUCGUUUAGUGAUGGAACUAUUUCCGCUACUACUUUCAAUGCAACUUGGCACAGCAACAGUAAUUUUGAAUUGUUGAAAUUGAAACCAACACAUUUUAUAACCAAUGAUACUAAUAUUGAUCAGGCAAAACUUUGCUUCCAAUCUCUUCGAAAACUUGGAUAUCUGGACGAAUACAGCAGACCGCAAAAAACCUUUUACCCGGCGUUGGAGCUUCAAAUGCCUUCAAUAUGUAAUACUGGGAGUAGAUCAAAUUCCAUAUCAGCUGCAUUGACAAAUGGAUUUAGUUCAACGUAUGGGCAUCGAUACGAUUACGAAAAUCAUAAACAAUUGAUAAAGGCUAAAUAUUUUCAAAGCCAUAACGAAUUAUCUUUGAAUCCUUUAACAGAAACAACAUUGUCUAAACAUAUUCGUGGGAUAACCGUUUCUGAAUCAAAAGCUAUUUGGAACAUACUUAAAACAGCAGGCUUUAUCACCACCGAUUGCAGCAACAGUGUAGUUUGUCAUGCUCUAGAAGGAAAGUCUUUAUUUCAUCCAAGAAUAACCAAUCACACUAAUGCUGCAUCGUUAGAAAUCCUUUUUGCCAGUGCAAUCAAAACACGAAAAGAUAUAUCAGAGCCAAUAUUCAAAACCAUUUGCAAAGUUUGGUAUAGCUAUGACCCAAUCAACCAAGAACGAAUUUGCAACGCUACUUGGGAAGAAUUGUUGGCUGAAAAUUUUGUAGGAAUGAGAUCCGACAAAUCAACAAAAGCGUUAAACCCAGAAUUACAACGGAUAUUAAGGGGAUAUUCAAAACAUUUUGGUCAAAUAGCUUCAAUAUUAUACGAUCAUUUUGCAAAUUCUUUGGGGAAAUCGAACGCAGAUGUGCAAUCGUAUGAUAUAGAUGCAAACGGUAAUCAUAUUCAUUUUUAUACAGGAUUUAAACGUUACCGAAUGGAAUACAUUGAAAAUACCAACAAAAUUUCGAAGGUUUUUCUUGUAGAUCUGAAAACUGAAUCUAUACGUGAAAUUGAGUUUUCCAUGCAUCACAACUUUGAAGGAAGUGUAACAAAAGCAUCGCAUAAAGGAAUCAAUAAGAUCGAGUAUGAUCCUUUAAUCAAAAGAGCCACGAAAAUUGAAAUGUCAGAUGGACGAACGGUGUCGUUUGAAUAUGAUGUUCGCGGUGAGCGGAUAUGUAAGCGUGUCAAAGGACGUAAUGGGCACAUUUUGAAAGAAAAAUUUUAUAUGCGCAAUACUGAAGGAAAAUGCUUGAUGGACUAUGAUGUUACAUAUUUGGAAGGUGACAAUACACGUUAUGUUCGUGGUACUGCAUAUGUGUAUACGGGUGAUAAUUUAAUUGGAUUUAUCCGCGACAGUCAAUUCUAUAGUGUUUUCGCGGAUCAUGAAGGCUCUAUUCGAUUGGUUGUAAGAAAUAGUGAAGUGGUAGCAGCUUAUGAUUAUCUUCCCUAUGGACAGCUGAUGCGAGAAUAUAUUAGCGACCCAGAAGGAGGAAUCGCGUAUCGUUAUACUGGGCAAGAAUGGGAUGAAGAAACUGGAUUGUACAAUUUUCAUGCUCGUUUGUAUGACCCUGAAGUUGGUCGAUUCUAUCAAAUCGAUCCCAAGGAACAAUAUCCUAGCCCGUAUGUAUACGCUGGAAAUUCUCCGAUCUCUUUGAUCGAUCCUGAUGGACAAUUUGCUUUCGUGAUUGCUUUAGCAUUUGCUGGAGUAGGAGCGUACUUGGGAGCAUCCGCCGCAAAUAAUUCGUUUAAUCCACGUAAGUGGAAGCUUAAACCUUCUCUAAUAGGAGGUAUUACGGGUGGAGUUUUAGGAGCAUUAGCUCCAGCUGGAAUUGGAGCGUCUUUCACAUUUCUCACCGCUUCUGUAGGGCUUUCGGGGGUAGCUGCAGGAGGAUUGAUAGCGACAACAUCGGUUGGAUUUGCGUAUUUCAGUAGUGCUGCUGCGAAUAAAAAUUGGAAUCCGAUUGAAUGGAACUGGUCAAGUCCCCAAACAUGGAAUUCUCUCUUCUCUGGCAGUCUCACCGGAGCAACAUUGUUCGCUGGUGUAGGCAAAGUUCAUAGCCAAUUUAUUGCACUAAGUGGAACAUCAAAGAUUGUAUUUGUAGGAGUAGUGUCUGUUAGUACUGGAGGUAUAGCCCUGUAUAGUGGAUCAACGGCAAAUGAUGGAAACUACAGCUUUUGGGAUUGGAACUGGAAAAGUCCUGACACGGUGUGGAAAGUGACGAUGGGUGCUAGUUUUGGAAUGUCUAUAUCUCCAGACUUGCAAAAAAUACAAUCAGGUGUUUUAAACAAAGUCAAAGAUUUGAAAUUUCUCAUUCCAAGGAAAGGAAUUACUAUGGAUCAAUUUUUAAUAGAUACUAAGACUUAUUUUACAGACUCUGUCGAACUAUUCAAUCAAAUCAAAAUUACUCUAAAAGGAUUAUCCAAUCAAUUAGUACGUUAUCCCGGUUUAGCACAGACUAUUGUGAUUAGACCAAAACAGUCAUUUUCCGAUAGCUUUCUCGAAACAGUUCAGUCUGUUUUGUACGAAGCUUCUAAAUAUGAGCCGCUUAAAAAUGUUACGGGAGAUAUCGUUACCGCAAUAGAUGAUAUUAAGAAUAUUGAUCAACGGGAAGGAUUGCGUAAGAUACGUAAUAUAGAAUGCUGUCAACUUCAAGUAAUAAAUUACCCAACAAUAUAUCAAUCAAAUAUGUUGAGCUCAGCUACUACUCACUUCACAUUAUUUGACACUUUUUUAAGAGGAUAUAUGCGAUUGAAACAAUUUGUUUUUGGAAGAAGUUCUAAUUGUUCAAAUACUACUGAUUUGAGAAAUUUAAAAAGCUAUAAAAAACAUUCAAGAAUGAACACUCUCAAUAAUUGCUAUUAUAUUAAUGAACCCAACACACAACUUUCUGUAAAGUGUUUUGGAUUGAAUUCACAAUACGAAAUUUACGCGAAGUCUUGGGAUGAAAAGUAUUUGACUAAUGAUUCGUUCUCAUCCUGUAAACCUAUCGAACACUUCGGAAAAGCGUCUGUAGCUUGUAAUGGAGAAAAGAGUUCUUUAAUUUUCACAUCUUAUUCUGUCGGUAAUGUGCUAGAUUACUUUAACGGAAUGAUAUUGUUGGCUAUAGUAACACCCAGAGCAGUAUCAAACAUGAAAAAUCAGAUAUGGUCAUUGUUAACCAUAUUCAACGGAAAAGCUGCUAGUACGAAACUAACAGAUACAAAUCAAGUUAUAAAUUUAACGAACAGAUUAGAAAAACUGUUAGACAAAAUUAAAACGGUUGAGACUAUUACUAAUGUAGCUUUAUCUUGGGCUAGGUAUAUUUGGUGCGAUUUGAAGGAUGAUAUCACAACAUAUUCUGAAAAUUCUGAAGCACAUAGUAGUGUUCAUCUUUCGAAUCGAAUGGAUGCUUUGGAAGAAGAAUUGAUGGAAACUAUUAUCGUGUCAAAGUCUCAUCAAGAUAGCAUACUUACUUUCCAUAACGAUAAUUACACCAACUUUAUUGAUGGCUCUAUAUUAAUGAAUGGAGAUUAUUUUGUCCAGUGUGGAAACAAAGUUCCCUUAAUUGCAUCGCAUAUAUUGGUAGAAUAAUUUAAUUCUUCACUGUAACUCGAAUGUAAUAUGUUUGUGCUUUCAUUCGUCUGUAAAAUUAACGUAAAAGAAUUAUUGUAA